CGCCCCUCAGCCCCUGAGUCCGGCAGACCCCGCCCACGCCCCCUCGCAAGCCCCGCCCCGGAGCCCCCGCGCCGCCGCGCAGGCGCACAGGCCCCGCCCAGCAGCUGCCGCGUCCCCAGCAGGCUGUCCCCAUGACGAAGGAGCGCGUGGGGGGGGACCCCCCGGCGGGGGGGGGGACGCCACCCCCCGACCCCCCCAGCCCCGUGGUGGAGCGACGCAAGAAACCGAUAGUGCAUCCGGCCGCCCCCGCCCCCCUGCCCAAGGACUACGCGUUCACGUUCUUCGACCCCAACGACGCGCUGUGCCGGGAGAUCCUGCUGGACCCGCGCACCAGCGUCCCCCAGCUCUUCGCCAUCCUGCGCCAGUGGGUGCCCCAGGUGCAGCACAACGUGGACGUCAUCGGCAACGAGAUCCUGCGCCGCGGCUGCCACGUGGACGACCGGGACGGACUGACGGACAUGACGCUGCUGCACUACGCCUGCAAGGCCGGGGCGCACGGAGUGGGUGACCCUGCGGCCGCCGUGCGGCUCUCGACGCGGCUGCUGGCGCUGGGGGGGGACGUGGGGCUGCGCAGCCGCUGGACCCACAUGAACGCCCUGCACUACGCCGCCUAUUUCGAUGUCCCCGAGCUCAUCCGCACCCUCCUGCGGGCGGGGGCACCGCGAGUGCUGCACUCGACCUGCAGCGACUUCAGCCACGGGACGGCCCUGCACAUCGCGGCCUCGAACCUCUGCCUGGGCGCCGUGCGCUGCCUCCUGGAGCACGGCGCCGACCCCGCGCUGCGGAACAGCAAGGGCCAGGUGGCGGCCGAGGUGGUCCCGGACCCCACGGACAUGGGUCUGGACCGCGCGGACGCGGCCUCGGCCGCCCGGGAGCUGCGGCGGCUGCUGCUGGACGCGGUGCCGCUGAGCUGCAGCCUCCCCCGCGUCACCCUCCCCAACUACGACAACCUGCCCGGGAACCUCAUGCUGCUCUGCCUGGGGCUGCAGCUGGGCGACCGCGUCCGCAUCGAGGGCGGCAAGGAAGGGACCCUGCGGUUCUGCGGCACCACGGCCUUUGCCAGCGGCCAGUGGGCUGGAGUGGAGCUGGAUGAGCCCGAGGGGAAGAACGACGGCAGCGUGGGGGGGGUGCGGUACUUCAUCUGCCCCCCCAAACAGGGCGUCUUCGCCUCCGUCUCCAAGAUCUCCAAGGCGGAGGAGCAACCCCCCCCCCCUCCCCCCCCCCGCACCCCCCCGGAGCCCCCGGCCCGCCCCCCCCAUAAGACCCGCAAGGACAAGAGAGCCUCCCGCAGGCGGGGCGGGGCGUGGCUGGACCGCGAGGGCCGGCGGGUGGCGCCGGGGGACGCGGUGCUGGUGGCCGGACAGAGACCGGGACGGGCCCGGUUCUACGGGCGCACCGACUUCGCCCCCGGUUACUGGUUCGGGGUAGAACUGGACUCGGCGGGGGGGAAACACGACGGGUCGGUUUUUGGGGUGCGUUAUUUCUCCUGCCCCCCCAAACACGGCGUCUUCGCGCCCCCCUCCCGCGUGCAGAGGGUCGGGGGUCCCCGUGAGGAGCCGGGCGGGGGCGCCGUCCCGGAGAAGAAGGACCAGCCGGUGACCGUGUCACAGCCCAAGCGCAACUUCCCAGCGGUCCGGACCCCCAAGGACAUCACCUCAGAGAGCUCCUUCUCCAGGUUACUGUUCUGCUGCUGGUUCCCCUGGAUGCUCCGGGCCGAGAUGCAGUCGUAACCCCACCCCUCCCCCCCCCGCCUGGCUGCCCCGCCCCCACACCCCCCCCUCCCCCACCCAGUGCCUUGGUCCCCUCCCCCCACCCCAGGGGAAGACGUCAUGUGACCCCCAACUCCCCCAACCCCUCCUUCUUGCCCCGGAUGUUCACUCUGGAACCUACUGACUACAGUGACUGGGGGGAGGGGGGGAGUUGAGGCUCCUUCCCCCAAUCCCAGUUUUGGGUUGUUCACUCUGGAACCUACUGAUGACAGUGAUGGGGAUGAGCUGACACCCUCUCCCCCUGCUCCCUCCCCCAGCUCCUUGUUUGGGUUGUUCACUCUGGAACCUACUGAUGACAGUGAUGGGGAUGAGCUGCCACCCUCCCCCCCCCGCUCCCUUCCCCAGCUCUUUGUUUGGGUUGUUCACUCUGGAACCUACUGAUGGCAGUGACUGAGGGAGGGGGUGAGUUAAGGCCCCUCCCCCAACCCCAGUUUUGGGCUGUUCACUCUGGAACCUACUGACUACAAUUGAGUGAAGACGAGUUUAGACCAGGGCCCCAUUCCUGAGCCGUUAACCCUGGAAACUACUGAUUACACUGGCGUAUAUUGAUUUGGUGGAUUCUCCUCCCCAUUCCCUCCCAUGUUCAAAAAAAGGGACCCAGGCGUCCGGGAGGCCCAAUGUCAUCGCGUUCCACCCCGCCCCCCCCCCCCCGCAGUAGCAAUAACGUCCCUCCCCCCGCGAUCGUGUGAGUGGCUUUAAUGUCCCCCCUGUGUCCCAACACCCCCCGCUUCCCCACGGUCCCCCAGACCCGCUUCUGCCACCAAUAAACACCUUUGUACGUCC